UAGCAUGUGAAGGGAUAUUGUGCCUCUCUUAUUUCAUAUUUUUCGUUCUUUCUUUCUAGCUAUUUCUCUCUUUUAAUUUUAAUCUCUCUCUCUCUCUCUCUCUCUCUCUCACGCACCCACUAUAAUCCUCCUCCCAACUGGCAUUUUUGAUUCAUUCUCACAAAGAGCUGAAUGGGGAAGAUAGGUGAGUCAGAGUCGGGACAAAACAAGUCAAAUUAUUCAUCUUUUUCCUUUCUUUUUAAAUUCACUCCACACUCUCCUAUAUGUACAUAACUUUUGGUGUGUGAAGUCCAAAUAUAGAGAAACACAUUCCACCAGUCCUCCAUUGAGAUAUACCAUAUAUCAUAUCUACUUAAUUAACUAAAGAGAGGUUAGAGAGAGAGAGAGGUGUUGAUAUUCAUCUAUAUUAUUUACCUAUAUAUCUCUCUCUUCGUGUUAUAUUAAAAGGAAUCGAAACCAUUUGAGAUUAUAGUUUGUGAAAGGGAGAGUAGAAAAAUGAAUGUGUUUGCCUCAGAAUGCAGUAGCGGUUGUGAGUCUGGUUGGACUGUAUACUUGGAGCACUCUAAUUAUCUUUCUCAUAUUCCAAGUGCUUCACGCAGCAGAGAUAUGAAUGGAAAGAGAAAGUCUGAUUUUUGUGAUAUACAAGUUGAUGAGGAGCCGGAUGAUGAAGAAGAAGAUCAAUCAAUGGUUUCUGAUGCAUCUUCUGGGCCUCCACAUUUCAAUGAAAAUGAAGUCUACCUUGAUGAAAACAACAACAAUAAUAAUAAUGGGUGUUCUUAUCCUCCUCAAAUAUCCAAGGAUGCAGAAAAUUUGAAGACUGGAGGAAAAAGGAAGCAAAGAAAUAAUAUCAAGGGAAAAGGUAGGCGCUCGUGUGGUGAUCAACAACAACAACAAUCUUUUUUAGAUGACACUGCUAGCUCUCCUGUCUUCAACUACUCCAAGAAUAACCUCAUUGUGUCAAAUAAUCAAGCUUCUGGAAGCAGUGUUCUGGAUUAUUCACAAGGUUUCUCAUCUACACAUUUUCAGGGGAGAUCUGCAUACCAAGAGCUGCACUUUGGUUUCUUACAAUCUAGUAAUCUAUCUGGAAAUAACCAGUGGUUUCCAGGGUAGCUAGGGAAUGGGAAUGAGAUAUAAGGGAAAGGUUAAGGGAAAAGGGAAUCUUCAUCAGCUGCUGCUCUUUGUAUUUCUACUAGCCACAUGAUUGUAUGGCAGCUGCUGCAAUAGUUGCUAGCUCUAGUAGUAGGGAAUGGUGGGAUCUACAAAGGCUGCAAAAGUUAGAUGGAAUUGGAUCUCGAAAGGGAUCUUGCAUGUUCAUUUUUAUUUUUUUAUUUUUUUAUUUUUCAUUUCUUUUCUAUUUUUCUUUUACUUGUCAAUGCGGUGGGAAAGGUGGUGCAAAUGAGGUGACCUCUUUAACUUACUAUACCUCCCCUACCACCUUUCCAACAAUUUAGAAAAGGGCUAAGCCUUUUCAUUUAGGCAGUCUAUGUGUAUCCAAUGCAGCACUUAAUUUUUUCGAAAUAAGCUAUGCACACUCAUUUUCUUUUUAUGUACAUUUAUGUUAUUUUUUGUUCAUUGAUUCUUAUUUGCAUUAUUCGACUCGAAUAUAUAAAUAAAUUAAAGUGUACAUGAAAAUACAAAGAGUGAAAAUCGUUGUUCUACUUUUUUGUGUAUCCUCAUGCUAUUUUUACCAUGCCAUUGCAGUGCCUAAAAUGUCUCCAAGUUUUCUAAUUCCAUAACUUAAGGAAAACCAAAAGUCAAAAAAUGGUUGUUUUCAUAACAAUUAAAUGAG